AAGCAGCAGCACACCUUCCUCCUCCUCUUUCUGUCUCCUCCAUGGCUAAUCUUUCCUGCAUCGGCUUCCUAUCCUUCUUCAUCUUCGUCCCUCUUCUGAUGGUCGCCGUGGAGUCGGGUCUGGAGUUCCAUGUGGGUGGAUCCAGGGGUUGGAUCGUCCCCGCCGGAGAUGAGGCCGAGUCCUAUAACCGGUGGGCCAUGAAGAACCGCUUCCACGUCGGAGACUCCGUGUAUUUCAAGUACACGAACGAUUCGGUGCUGGUUGUGGACCGGGAAGCCUACGGCGAAUGCAACACCACCGACCCUCUUCUCGCGUUCGACGACGGCAACACCACCUUCCGCUUCGACCGCUACGGCUUCUUCUUCUUCAUCAGCGGCACGCCGGGGCACUGCGAGGCCGGCCAGCGGCUCAUCGUGCGUGUGAUGGUGCACCCGGAGUUCGCCGCGGCCAGCCCGGGGCCCGCCCCGGGGCUGCAACCGGGUGGAGGAUCCGGUUCAAGCUCGGGUUCGGGUUCGGGUUCGGGUUCGGAUUUCGGCUCGAGCUCAGGCUCCGACACCGGGCCUACACGUUCCGACGCUGCUCACGCUCAUGCCGGUGUCUGGGCGAUCAUGCCCGGCUUGGGAGUUCUGAUGAGUGCGGUGUUGUCCGUUUGACGUCUUCUCUUUCGUUUGUGCGCAGGUUUUGAACUCUUCCUCUUUGGAUUCAUGGUAUGGAAAAUAGUUGGCCUUCUAUUUAUGUUCCUUGGAUGUGACUUACUUAGGUCAUGUAAUCGAAGCAUUGAGGAUAAUGCCAAUUACACAUUCCACCAACAGUAAUUAAGGCACAGUGUUUGAUCAGCUCCCAACAAUUUUAAAUGCUAACAUGAAAUCAAAUUAUAUAUAUAUAUAUAUAUAUAUAUAUAUAUAUAUAUAUAUAUAAUAUGACGAGUGAAAAAUCAUUGUGGCAGCCGUUAGUAAACGUUUAUAACGGCCGUUCGGUAGUGGGAAAUUAAAAGAAAAGAAAUAGAAGCUCGGUUUGCUCUCCAAUCCCGUUCCCGUGCCCAUGGGGCUCUUGGCCGAGACGCCUCUCUUCGUCGACACCAACCUCGGCACUCGCUUCGCCUUAUCCGUCCCUGAUAACAUCACGGCCGGCGAUCUGAAACGUAAGGAAUCCGAUCGAAGAUUGCGCUGUUUCCAAUAUUUUGUCUCCUUUCUGUGGUGGAUUUGUGUGCGCUCUCGCAUGCCUUCCAAUUGUUUGAUCAAAUGCGUCAACUGAUUUGUCAAGGUAUAUGUGUCUGUAAUUGGAACUAUUCGCUGAAAGAUGCUAGGGGACUUCCGGAGUACCUUGCUAUGCUUGCGGUAGUAGUGUGUCCACUUAGAGAUGCUCAUUUGAUUAACCUGGGGAUGUUUGAUUGUGUUUGCAACCAGAACCAUUAGGUUACUUAAUUCCCUAGAGAGAGAAAGAUCUUGGUAAUGCUACACGGCAUGCUUGGAUGGAGAGGAGAUGAGAGCAGAGAAUUGAAGAAAGGAGAUGGGGAUGAUUACGUAUCUUGGGAGAGAAGUGCCGACUUCCUUCCAAACUCCAACUUCUUUCCUUCAGAAUUGGACAGAUAGGAAGGGAAAAGAAGAACUAUAAGCUUGGUUUGGGUGAGGGGGUUUGGGGGUAGAUGUCAAAGUAUAUUUUCUCUACCAAAUGAAGCCUCUCUCCAAAGCAAUAGAGAAGAUUGAAUUCAAUAGUCCUUUAUGAAAGAUGUGCAUGUGAAUCUAUUGUUGUUUCCUUAGUAUCUUUGUACAUAUCUAUGAUAGCUGGUUUCUUGUGUGCUUAUUGUUCAUAGAAAAUCUUGAUCAUGCCAUGUGUAAGCAAGCAGGUAAACUCAAGUGUGAGCACAACUCUUGUUUCCCAGCCCUCGGAAAAAUUGUUGUCCAUUCUCUCAUGGU